AGCAAGUCUCUGUACUCGGUGCGGGCUACGGCCAGUCGAUGCGCAACGCUCGCUCUCGUUGCGCGUACAUCAAUCGGUCGAGAACAAUAAAUAGUGAAAAUGAAUUUUCACUCAUCGAUACUUGUGCUCGCGUGCUUUUUAGCAUUAUCAUCGGCAAUUCUACCCGAACCUCUCUCCGAUGACUUCAUCAACAUCAUCAACAGGCAACAAAAGUCAUGGCUGGCCGGUCGCAACUUUCCGAUACAUACAACAUUUGAUACUAUCAAGAAACUGAUGGGGGCGUUGAAAGAUAAGUUUAUAUCUAGAUUGACAUCCGUCGAACAUGAUGCUGAACUCAUACGCGAUCUGCCAGAAAAUUUUGACCCCAGAGACAAAUGGCCAAACUGUCCUACUUUAAACGAAAUAAGAGAUCAGGGAUCCUGCGGCAGCUGUUGGGCAUUCGGUGCUGUGGAAGCUAUGACAGAUCGCUACUGCAUUUACUCGAACGGGACGAAGCACUUCCAUUUUUCUGCUGAAGAUUUAUUGAGUUGCUGUCCCAUCUGCGGUCUCGGUUGUAACGGCGGCAUGCCAACCCUUGCCUGGGAGUACUGGAAACACUUCGGCAUCGUAUCUGGAGGUAAUUAUAAUUCAAGUCAGGGCUGUUUACCUUAUGAGAUCCCCCCGUGCGAGCACCACGUGCCCGGUGAUAGAAUGCCUUGCAGCGGCGACACUAAAACUCCUAAAUGUGAAAGGGCGUGUAAGAAACCCUACGACACUGCUUAUAAAUCCGACAAACGUUACGGCAAGCACGUUUAUUCCAUUCGCGGUGGAGAAGAUCAUAUUAAAGCUGAAAUUUACAAGAAUGGGCCAGUUGAAGGAGCGUUUACAGUUUACUCUGAUUUGCUGACUUAUAAGAGUGGAGUUUACAAACAUACGAUAGGAGAUGCGCUGGGCGGACACGCUAUUAAAAUUAUGGGCUGGGGAGUUGAAAAUGGAAACAAAUAUUGGCUUAUUGCAAACUCUUGGAAUUCGGACUGGGGAGAUAAUGGAUUCUUCAAAAUCUUACGCGGAGAAGACCACUGCGGAAUUGAAAGUUCUAUUGUAGCUGGCGAGCCGCUAUUAGAUUAAUUUAGUUAACUUUUAUAACUGUAAGUAUAGUUGUAAUUCUGUGAAAAUGAGAAAUAAAUUCAAUUGUUAACCUUU